CCAGCCUGAAAAGGUUCAGCAGAGCUCAUUAAGCUCUUCUCUCUCUCUCUCUCUCUACUCUACACUCUCUCUUUCUCUGAGCUGAGCAAAUCUCACACAUUUUCCAAGAAGACCUGAACGACACCGUUUGGAGAUCGCCGGAAGUUGUUGAGCUCUAUUACCGGCCGGCGACGCCUCUCCGGCAAUGGUUAACUCACGCGCUCUGGUUGUGCUAGCUCUUCUUCUCCACUCUCUAGUUGCUCUGGUCUCUGCUAAGGGAUCUAACUCCACUAGUAAAUGGCAAACACUUAGCGGAGAUGCUCCUUUGGUCAUAGCACGUGGUGGCUUUUCAGGGCUCUUUCCUGGUUUUAGUUCAGCUGCGUAUAGUUUGGCAUUGGCCACAAGUGUACCUGAUGUGGUCUUAUGGUGUGACGUUCAGUUAACAAAGGAUGGAGAUGGAAUUUGCUUUCCAGAUCUCGUGCUGAAUAAUAAUUCUGAUAUUCAAGAUGUCUUCGCAAAAAAGGAUAAGACUUACCUAGUUAAUGGGGUUAGUACCUCAGGAUGGUUUACUGUGGAUUAUACUUUCAGUGACCUAGCAAAUGUCGUUGUUACUCAGGGGAUAUAUUCUCGAACUAAUAAGUUUGAUGGCAAUUUGUACCCAAUUCUCACUGUCGAAGGUGUGGCUAUGCAAUUCAAACCACAAGGCUUAUGGUUGAAUGUUCAGCAUGAUAUAUUCUUCACACAACACAACUUGAGUAUGAGAAACUAUGUGCUUUCUGUAUCUAGAAAAGUGGUUGUCAAUUAUAUCUCAUCACCGGAGGUGGCCUUCCUGAACGGUAUUAAAGCACGUGUUAGUCCAAGUGCAACCAAGCUGGUCUUUCGGUUUCUGGGACAAGAUGACACGGAGCCUUCAACCAAGCAAACUUAUGGUUCUCUAUUAAAGAAUCUCACAUAUAUCAAGACAUUUGCUUCGGGAAUUCUAAUUCCUAAAACUUACAUAUGGCCGGUCACCAAAGAUCUUUAUUUAGAACCUCACACUUCAAUUGUUUUGGAUGCUCAUAAAGCAGGGCUAACAGUGUUUGCAUCAGAUUUUGUAAAUGAUGUACCAUUAGCCUACAAUUACAGUUAUGAUCCAGUGUCUGAGUACCUUAAUUUUGUUGACAAUGGUGAUUUCAGUGUUGAUGGUGUGCUGUCUGACUUCCCAAUAACUCCAUCAGCGGCCAUAGAUUGUUUUGCUCACCUUGGAAAUAAUGCUUCAGGACAAGCCAGGCCUUUGGUUAUCUCGAAAUAUGGUGCAAGUGGAGACUUCCCUAGUUGUACUGACUUGGCAUACUCGAAAGCAAUUGCAGAUGGUGUAGAUGUACUUGAUUGUCCCGUCCAAAUUUCCAAGGAUGGCAUACCAUUUUGCUCGAGCUCUAUAAAUCUUAUAGAUAGCACAGCAGUUGCUCAAUCAAGUUUUAGCAACCUCACAACAGUUAUUCCAGAAAUUAAGGCUGGCAGUGGAAUAUAUACGUUCAGCCUAACAUGGGAAGAAAUUAAAAGCCUGACCCCAAUUAUAUCAAAUCCCUGGUCAAGGUACACAUUGUUCCGGAGUCCAAGGACCAAAACUGUUGGCAAGUACUUGACAUUAUCUGAUUUUUUGACCUUGGCACAGAAAUCGAGCUCUCUCUCUGGUGUCCUGAUCGGCGUAGAGUAUGCAGCGUAUCUUGCAGAGGAGCAGAGAUUAAGUGUAACUGAUAAAGUCAUUGCUGCAUUGAGCAAAGCUGGUUUUGAUAAUCAGACAGCGCUAGAUGUCAAGAUUCAGUCCAGUAAUAGUUCUGUUCUAAUGAAAUUUAAAGAGAAAACCAAGUAUGAACUUGUUUACAGUAUUGAAGAGAAUAUUGGUGAUGCCCUUAGUUCAACUAUUGAGGACAUCAAGAAGUUUGCUGGUUCUGUGGUCAUCAACAAGGCCUCCAUCCUUCCUGAAACUCAGGCAUUCGUCACUGGAGUAACAGAUGUUGUACCAAAACUACAAGCAGCUAAGCUUGCGGUUUAUGUUGAACUCUUCAGCAAUGAGUUUGUAUCUCAAGCAUGGGACUUCUUCUCAGAUCCAACCGUGGAGAUCAAUUCAUUUGUCUCGGGGUUCAAUAUUGAUGGUGUCAUCACAGACUACCCGAAAACAGCUGCGAGAUACAAAAGGAACCGGUGUUUAAGUGAAAAAGAACUACCUAACUACAUGAGCCCCAUUCAGGCAGCCAGUUUGAUACAAGUUGUGUCUGCUGAUUACUUGCCACCUGCUGAGGCCCCAAAUCCACCCCUGACAGCUAGUGAUGUGAUCGAGCCACCUUUGCCUUCAGUUGAAUCAGCCCUAGCUCCUGGCCCAACUGGUAGUUCUACAGUAGGACAUCCACCGCCACCAAACAGGCAGCCUAAGAUUGCUGCUGGCUUCUUUCUCUCAACUCUGGCUAUGCUUUUUGCCACUCUUUUCUUGCUCUGAAAUUGCGGUCUUGUAACUUUCCCAUCUCAUUGCUCUUUCUUGGAGCUUUUUGCCGAAAGAAUAUACAGGGCUGAUAAUUUAUUUUUUAUUUUUCAUUGUUAAUUUUAUUACUGAACAGCUGUGUAUUCAGGCAUUUGAUGUUGUAGGUAAUGCUCAUUCUUCCCCCCCUCGUAAAUUAAGGAUACAGAGACUCUGAAACCACGUAGAAGUAGAUAUCAUAUCAUCAUCAUCGGUAUUUAUCUUUUCUUUUUAUUUGUUUUUGGUGGGUGUAAUUGUACUCGUGAGAUAUUCUUUGGUCUGUUUGUACUAAGAAAUAUGGAAAUUGAGAUUGUAAAACCUUUUCUUUUUAA